AGUCCAACACCAGCUGUAAUGUGUCUGAGAAAUGCUGGUGAACAGGUUCAGAGAUCCUGGAUGUGACGUGAAAGGAGGAUCAUGUGGUUAAAGAGUUUCCUUGUGUGGCUGCAGCAUCUGAAGCAGCUGAGAAGGAGACGGUGGAUUUUUCUGGUUGAACUUCCUCCUGCAGUUCAGCUAAAGACGCAGCGACGUGGCAGAAACUGAACAAAACAGGCAUCAGUUCUUGUUGUGAUUGUAGAAAACAGAGUGCAGACCUGCCAGACAGCGAUCCAACCUGUGAUGGUCUCGGGUUCCUCAUGCUGCAGAGUCGAGUUACGAUUAUCAGAUUCUGACACCAAAUGAGCUCCAGUUCAACACCUGCAGCCCGAUCUGGGCUUUAAUCAUUGAUCUGAUCCACAGUUAAACACUCUGAAGUCGUUAUAAAGCAGCUGUAAUUGUACAUAAGUGAACAUCUCUUCAUCUCUUCCUACAGAAUGUCUUCGCCAUCGGGAUCAGAUUCCCGCUGCCAGCCGGGAGACACCAUCUGUGAGAUCCGGGUCUAUGAGCAGGAGGUGAUCGUGGUUCCCAUCUUCCUGCUGUCCAGCUUCCUCGUCACUCUGGUUUUCAUCCUCCUGCUGCGCUUCUGUCCAGAGAAGGUCGACCGAAUCCGGCCCAACGCCUCCAAGUCGACUCCCAGGAGAGUCCUGCAGGGCAUCGACGCUCCUCCAGGCCUCAACGUCCUGGAACACGAGAGCAUCGCCUUGGACACCCCCAGCUCCUACUCCACCUUCCACCCGCCCAACACCUACCAGUCCAAGCGGCUGUCCACGCCCGUCAGCCUCCCCUCCGGCCCUCCGCCCCAGCAGCAGCCCUUCACGCCCAGCUUCACCCCCGUCGUCCAGCCCAGGGAGCUUCCUCGCCAGCGGCUGCCCGAGUCCUUCAACCUGGUCACGCCGCUGCCGGUCGCCUUCUCGCUGCGAUCGGACUCGGCGGUGUCGCUGUACCGAGCUCGGAUGGACAACAGGAACGUGGUGCUGCGAGUGCUCAACGACUCUGCUGAUGCCUCAGAGAGACACAGCUUCCUGGGCUUCGCCUCCUUCCUGGCCCAGCUCGGACCUCAUCCCUUCCUGCCGGAGCUCCUCGGCGUCGUGUCGCUUCGAGCGCCGCUGGUCACCGUGGUGGAGGAGCUGGAGAACAGGGACCUGCUCAGCUACCUGUGGAGAUGCAGACAGGAAAAAGUGGAUCCUCCGUGUGAAAUGACGGAGAGACGGAUAUUUACGAUGGCCCAGCAGGUCGCCUCCGCUCUGGAGUUCCUCCACAACAAAGACCUGCUCCACGGGAACCUCCGAGCUCGCAGCGUCCUGGUCAGUAGAGAGUUCACGGCCAAGCUGUGGGGUCUCCACGGCGUCUACAGCAGGAAGAACCAGGACUCCACCCAGAGGGACGACCCCAGCAUGAAGAAGUGGCAGGCGCCGGAGCUGCUGGUCCGGAGGCCGGCCGGCCACAGCAGCGACAUCUGGUCCUUCGGCAUCCUGCUGUAUGAAAUGGCUUCUUUAGGUGAAGCUCCGUUCGCAGAGAUCUCAGUGAACGAGCUGCUGCAGUUUCACCAGCGAGGAAAAACCCUGAAAAAACCGGCCAACUGCUCCAACACGCUAUACGCCGUCAUGAAGGCCUGCUGCCAGUGGAAGGACCAGGACCGACCCACGCUGGCCGAGGUGAGCCGCAAGCUGGUUUCUGGGGAGAAGAGCGCCGCCGAUAAAGUCCUGAAGGCGUCCGGGCCGGUGAACAUCGAGCAGUACCUGCAGGAGGCCGGAUACGGGGAGGCCAACAGCUACACGGUGUUCUGAGCGGAGACAAACGGUGCUGCUGGGAACUGAAACGUUGGACUUUUUUGUUCUACUUUAGACUCACAGAUCAGGAGAAACGUGCACAUUAAUCCACUCUGGGAAUCAUCUCGUUCGUGUCUUUGGUGUUUAAGGCUCCAGCUAAUUAUUAUUUUCUCUGUUUCUUGAGCUUUGACGAAUCAACAGCCAACUUUACCCUGUUCACCUGAUCACAGAUUCUUGAAUGUUGCCUCAUAAAAAGUCUAUUCUUGUCAAAUUAUGCGCCUGUUUAAAACAACAACCUGCAGAUGAUUAACUUAGAAGUAAAGAAAGGUUAUCAGGCUGCAACUAGAGACUGCUCUGUUGAAUGUUUUCUGGAUCGGUUGUCUCGAAAAUAUCAGAAAAUCA